UUUGGCAGUGAGUGAUCCAGACCAAUUCAGCGGUCGUUUUUGAACCGGUUGUCCCACUCAGUGGUUUCCACUGAAAUAGUACUCCAGUCAGUUAGUUUUAUCUUUGUGUUGUUUAUUUUACUUUCAGUCCAGAAAAAAAUAUCUAUUCAACAUUCUUGCGAGGCGUUUUUACAACCAGAACACACGCAGUUUACCUGCGUCAGACUGUAAAUUGUUAUAAUCUAGUGCAACUGAAAUAUUUAAUACAGUAGGAAAAUAUUAGAGGCUGUCUCUCACGCGUUUUCAAUGAUAUAUGUCGGAUGUGAAAGAUGAGCGCGGUGGCCCGGAGCCUCACGGACAUGAGCUCCGUGUCAGUAAUUCGCGCUGGGUUCAGGUAGGAGGAGGAGCCGUGUGCUGGAGACCAGAGACUGCUGACACAGAAGCGGCCUCAAUAUGCCUGCAGAGGCUACGCGUUCAGGACGCUUCACUUCGGAAAUUCACCGAUUAGCCCAGGCGUCCACAUUGCUGCGUUUUACAAGUAAAGAUCCAUCUACUUUCGGUUGUUUAAACGCGUCUCUGCAACAAGUCGCCCGUCGAGCGCGACCUUCACGCAUCCGUUCCGUGAGUACAGUGUAGGUAAAAUGUGAAGUAGAUUCGCUUUGGGACGUCGCUAUUUCCCUGCGAUAUUUAUGUGCUUUUAUUUUUUAAUAGGCAAAGGCAAAGCCAAAAACAGCGUUACUAAGCUUAAGUUACGUCUUUCUGGCCGCUUAAGGUUGUAAAUAACGCAGAAAAACUAUUCUAGUCUUGCUGAACCAUUUAUAGCUCAUGUAAACCUUUUUAUAGGCUGCUGAUUAUUUAUUUAGUCGCAGUUGCUUACGAAAUAGGAGAGAUUCUGAGGGCUGGCCAUGUGAAAGUCCGAAAAGUAAGAACUUAUCUCGGAUUCUCUUUUUAAACUGCGAAUGAUUAAGUAAGUGAAUAUUAUCAAAUAUAUUGGGGUAUAUUCAGAAUGUCUCAUGCAGAAGUUGACUUGGGAGGGCGCGGAUUUCCAAAUUUAACAGCAGGGCUGGAUGACAGCCUGUCUGAGCAAAUUGAGCCGCUGCUUCGGAGACACUCGAUAAGUGCGCGCAGGAACUCCUACAUCCUGCACAGGCUCAGCCCGGAGCCCAGACUGUACGACGGGACGCUGCCCUGGUCCUCCGGCAGCAUCUUCCCAGAAAGCAGUAAGGGAGAUGGAAACAUGGGCUCCCUGCCUCCCGCACCCCCCAGCAGCCCCCCCAGCGCAGAGACCACGGAGCCCGUCUCAUCCCAUGAUAAGUGGGACGUCAGGGUCCCCGGUACCAGCACCCUGGAUGCCAGUACGGACUCCGAAGACGAACUCGCCUCCACUAAAAACCAGAAAGUUGUUCUGUCGAGCGCACCAUUUGAAAGUAAAUGGGAGCAAGAGGAAAAAGAGGAGAUUGAAACGAAAGCCGUUGCCACUUCGCCGGACGGCAGGUAUCUUAAAUUCAACAUAGAAAUCGGACGGGGUUCCUUCAAGACCGUGUAUAAAGGUCUGGACACGGAGACUACAGUGGAGGUGGCAUGGUGCGAGUUGCAGACGCGGAAGCUGACGAAGGCCGAGAGGCAGAGGUUCAGCGAGGAGGUGGAGAUGCUGAAAGGUCUGCAGCAUCCCAACAUUGUGCGCUUCUACGACUCCUGGAAGUCCACCAUGAAAGGCCACAAGUGCAUCAUCCUGGUCACCGAGCUGAUGACAUCAGGGACUCUCAAGACCUACCUUAAAAGGUUCAAGGAAAUGAAGCUGAAGUUGCUUCAGAGGUGGAGUCAUCAGAUCCUGAAGGGCCUACACUUCCUGCACACGCGCACCCCACCCAUCAUUCACCGCGACCUGAAGUGCGAUAACAUCUUCAUCACAGGGCCCACAGGUUCCGUUAAGAUCGGUGACCUGGGGCUGGCCACUCUGAAGAGCGCCUCUUUUGCUAAGAGCGUCAUUGGGACGCCUGAGUUUAUGGCUCCGGAGAUGUACGAGGAGAAGUAUGACGAGGCGGUGGAUGUCUACGCCUUCGGGAUGUGCAUCCUGGAGAUGACCACGUCCGAAUACCCCUACUCAGAGUGCCAAAAUGCCGCCCAGAUCUACCGCAAAGUCACUAGCGGAAUUAAGCCAGACAGCUUCUUCAAAGUACAAGUCCCUGAGCUCAAAGAAAUUAUUGAGGGAUGCAUUCGCAUGAACAAAGAUGAAAGGUACACCAUCCAGGACCUUCUGGAGCACACCUUCUUCCAGGAGGACAAUGGUGUCCAUGUAGAGCUGGCCGAGGAGGACGACAUGGUUAAGUCAGGUCUCAAGUUAUGGCUGCGUAUGGAUGACAGUAAGAAGCUGCACGGCAAGUACAAGGACAACAAUGCCAUCGAGUUCCUUUUCGAGCUCUACAAGGACGUGCCGGAGGAGGUGGCCCAAGAAAUGGUGGUGCUGGGUUUCGUGUGCGAGGCCGAUUACAAGCCUGUGGCCAAAGCCAUCCGUGACCGGGUGACGGCCAUCAAGCGCCAGCGUGAGAAGUACCGGCGGCAGACGGAGGAGCUGAGGAAGAAAAAGCAGGAGGAAGUUGAAGAGGAGGAGAUCGACCAGGGGCCACCCUCCCCGGUGUUGAACCAGCAGGCCGCACAGAGCUCUGUGGCUCAGACUCCGCCUACCACCACCUCUCCAUGCCCCGCCCCUUCCCCAGUGAAUGGCUCGGUGGACUCUGGCAUCAACGCCAGCUUCACGGCUGAGCCCGAUGAACCAGAGGCGGACCAGCACCAGCACUACCACAUCCGACAUACCAGCUGCUCUUCUGCCACCUCUGACUGCGAGACGGAUGGGUACUUAAGCUCAUCCGGCCUGCAGGAAACUCCGGACGGUGUAACCCCAGUGGUCAGCACGCCGUCAUCGCCCGCGGCAACGGCCGCCAUCGAGAUUCCCGGCCAUAAUCCGAUGCCAGCUCUCAGAUUCCCCUCGAGCAUCGCCGUGUCCCCUAACAGUGGCCAGUCCGGUCCUGCCAGCGGCUUCUCCUCUCCUGUUGACAGCUACGCCUCCGACGUAACAUCCGGCCUGAGCGAUGGGUACGAGGGCCUGUCUGAGAAGAGCGCCAAGUCCCCCGUCAAGCGCAGCUCUGCGAAGCUCUUCCGGAGGAGGGCGCGCUCCCGCCUGCGCAUUACUGGGCUCUCCGACAAGGUGGACAGAGUGGUGGAGUGUCAGCUUCAGACGCACAACAACAAGAUGGUGACCUUUAAGUUUGACCUGGACGGGGACAAUCCAGAAGACAUCGCAGCGGUCAUGGUACUCAAAGAGUUCAUCCUCCCCUCAGAGAAGGAGGGCUUCAUCCACCGCAUGCGUGACAUCAUCAAGCGGGCGGAGUCGUUGAUGGCCAAGGAGCCCGUGGGGCCCGCAGAGGCCACAGGGGGGCCUCGGCUGCCAUAUCUUGGCGGGGCCAGCUCCCUAUUUGCGUCACAGCCGGAUUUGCACGCGCACGGCCUGGCUCGAACGAGCUCGUCCUCAUCCUUGCCUGCAGACUUCAACAUGUCCAGCCCCAGCCACGUGAGCCGAGGCUUGGUGUCGGCUUCGGCUGGGGACUCCGUCUUCGAUCCAGACGUUACCUCACCCGGACGCCAUAUCUCACGCUCGCACUCCUUUAACAACACUCCAGCCUCUCCGCAGCAGUACCAGCCCCCCAGCCUGUGGUAUUCCCCUGUCUCCACGCCAGACCUUGGCCUGUCGCACCCUGCCCUGGCUCACCUGCAGCAGUACCCCCCGUCUCCCUACGUGGCCACGACCCGCUUCCCCUUCCCGUACCCGGUGACCCCCGGCACUCCCAAGUCGCCUCUGGCCCACCAGCCCGUCACCCGCACCUCGAGCAGCCCCAGCUUCUCGUCCUCCUCCAUGGGCGGCGAUGGCGCCCCCUUGCCCCCCCUAACCCCGCACCCCGGUGUUUGGCAGGCCCAAACCCAGCCCCUCAUCUCCCUAGCCAACAUGCUUUCCAUGGCCAUGAGCAUGGCACACUUCAUGCCACCACCUCCCUACCCUCCUCAGAUGCCCCCCCACGUUGCACCCCAGGCCACUUACCCUGCCUUCAGCCCCCACUACCAGACAAUGCCUGGGGAUUCCUCCUACCACCAGGGGGCAGCGGCAGGUCAGCCAGACUUGUAUCAGAACAUGGAGGCCUACUCUCGCCCUCUGGAGGGCGAUGUGCCCCUCCAACCAGGACACCCCAAUAUCCCACAUGUGAGCUCAGCCUGGCCUCCCACCCCGACUGAGUCUUUUAAUCAGGCAACUCAGCAAUCUGGUUCUUCACCCUUUUGCACACCGCAGCACAACCCAGCCUUCAAAACGCUGUCUCAGGACCAGCCUGGUGGCUUGCCCUCUUCCCCAUCUUCCUCUUCAUCCUCAUCACGUUCAGACAGUCCUCAGAGCACGGUGUCAUCGCCCAGCGCAGGGUCAUUGUCUCCGCCACUGAAAAAGCACACCGCUGGGGGUGCCAUGGAGGUCAGACACUCCCCCAUUUACAAUGUGGGUCGUUUCCACGUCACACCCAGUAAGGAGCCCCCCAUGGCUGGCUCCCCCCCUGUCACUCCUGCCUCGUCCUCCACUGCCGCAUGCCACCCCCAGAGUGGCACGGGCGGCGCAAGAAAGGCGUGGGUCUCGGCUCCGGGUGCGCUUGGCCACCCCCAGAGUGGCACGGGCAGCAGCAGAGGGGAGCAGGCUGUGUCCGAGGCCAGACUCAGCACCUCACUCACUGCCACCCCACCGCAGACCACCACAGGGGCGGAGGGGGGAGAGAAAGGUGGCGAGGGGAAAGAGGAGGAGGUGGAGGAGCACACCGAGCAAAGGAAGUGCGCCCUGGAGCGCUGCCCGAGUUUCCCAGGCACCGCAGUGAGCAGCAGCCUGUCGGUGACGCCCCAGGAGUCGGAUGGGCGCCAUUGGGAGGGGGCAGCCGGAAGCCCCCAGAAUGGCACGCUGAUGCAGCACCUCUGGGUGGGUUGCCCCCGCAGCUCCUCCUACCUGAGCAGCGAUGACACAGAGAGCGAAGACGAGAACAUGUGGGAGGAGCUGCAGGAGCUCCGCGAGAAACACCUGUCGGAAGUGCAGACCCUACAGGCUGCUCAGAAACGGGAGAUCGAAGAGUUAUACGAGAAGAUGGGCAAGAUGCCCCCUGCCGGCAUCGUCUCUCCUGCUGCCAUGCUGUCCAACCGCCAGAGGCGUCUGUCCAAAAGCUCGGCAUGCCCACCAUCCCGAAGGAACAGCCUACAGAGGCUUGAAAUCCUGCCCCCUGCAGGAAUCAUGAGGAAGAGUUCAUUCAGCGGGAGCAGCAGCGGCUCCCAGGACAGGUCGAGCAAAGGCGUGACCUUCGCUACAGACUAUACGCGAGUGGUGAGCGUCCUGUCCUCUGCCAUGAGCAAACCUCCUCUGCAAUGCUGCACAUACAGCACAUGUUCAUACCAGGCAGGAAAUGCAGCAAAGGCUGUUCGUUAGACAUCCUGCCUAAUGUCCGCACUGUGUUCCUUCCCAGUGAUGAGCCUCUGCAGAGGGACCUCUCAGGACUACCUCAGCUGCAGUGUGGCUCGUUCUUCAAGGAGGUAGCGACCCACAGUCUGAAAUGACUGUGUGGGAAUCGCGUCCAACUCAGCAGAGCUCACUUAAACCGGCUGUGCUUUCUGGUCUGGUCUGCCUGGCUAAUGCAGCCUUCGACAUGACGAGGGAAUUACUGUUUGGAGGAGAUACUGUAACGGCAAUAAUGCAAACGCUCCAUUAUAGCUGGAAAAAAUCAGACCAUGAAAAAUGGAAAGAAGCUCCAUCUUGCUUACGGGAGAGAGUGUUAUCUCAGCCCUGCUUAGAAGAAAAGUCCGCUCGCCCGUAACCAAGUAUAAAGUGGAACACUCAUUUCCAGACAUGAUGUGUGAGGCAGCCGACAUGGAGCCCUGUGAGAGACACACUGUACUGCUCUGUAUAUCACUGCAUCUGCAGUCAGUCCUCUGCUACUCUCUGCCUUAUGAUUUUGCACUUUAAAGCCACAACAGACCAGAUGUAGCCACAGCACCCCCUGGCUGCAGGAGCAGGCACGUGCACUGGCCUGUGCUGUUUUCACAUGCUUUCUGCUGUAAGAAAAAGUAAUUUUACUGCUGAGUAUGUUUCCGGCCUUUUUCUGCGUCGUGAUUCACUCCUUUUGGACAGGUGGGCUGUUUCCAAAAUUUUGCCCGUCUGUGUUUUCUCACAAUGCACUCGUACACAAUACUAAUUGUAAUUGUGUGGUAAUCAUCACCGAUAGCGGUCAGACUUUUGAUGACAUCUAAUGAACUAAAGCUCUUCAGUUAUGUCCUGUUCCAUCUUUGGCGAAACCUCCAGAUCAAGGAUAGUGAGAGAUUAUUACUGGUUUUUAAACUGUUUCAUUAAUUCUGAGGAUGAUUGUACAGUAUACCUGAACAUAUCUGACUGAUCUCAAGUAAAUCAUGGAGUUUGACAAUUUAGUUGAAAUAAUGUUAGCAAUGACGGAAUACAUGGGAAAUAUAGAGUCUGUACAAAGUCUGUGUGUUUAACUCUGGCUCUUAAUACUUGGUAUGUUUACCUAAAAAGUCCAAUGAUGUAUAAUAUCAGCAUUUCUCUGAAAACCCUGUAUGUUGAGGCUGCACCAGGAUUCUCAUCCCCGUUACCACACAGCAUGCAGGAUUUGGCCACUGAGACGGAAAACUAAGCAGACACAAUUAGGACAGUAAUAACUGAAGCUGAUCGCCACUUGCUCACAGAUUGAGUGGGAUACAUUCUGCAGAGACCAAGGCUUAUGGAUGUAGAUGGAUGGCCACCCUGUCCCCAGAAACAUGAAAACUUAAUGAAAAAUUAAAUCCAACCUCAUAUAUUUCCUUCAGUUCAUCAUAAACAAUGUGGAAGAAAUCUUAAAAACAAAAAAAAAAAAAAAUAGGAGUAAUUCCAUGUUCAUGCAGCAGGAGUAAACAUUAAAAACUGCUUCUGAAUUGUGGGAUGAUUUGGUCCAGUGUAACCCCCCCCCAUCAUGAAAAUGAGCUACAAAAAGCAAGGGUUGGUGCCUAAGAUGACACUCUCAUAAAAGUCAAGCCUAAUAUUGUUAGAAUUUUAUCCCUUCACCCUGUAGACGGGAUGCUCACAGUGUACAGUGACAUAGACUGGGGAUGCUCACAGUGUACAGUGACAUAGACUGGGGAUGCUCACAGUGUACAGUAACAGACUGGCAUUGUGAGCAGCCUCUUCUAAAGACACCAGCCUGCAUGUUUUCUUUAGCACUGUAUAUUAGAAAUAUAUAUAUAUAUAUAUAUAUUGUACUUCAAACUGUGAAUUUUAAACUAACGCCUUACAUUAUGAACAUUGAGAAAUCAUGUACAGGUAUCAUAGAUUAAAUGAAUUUUUAUUCAUUUAUUUGUAUGAAAAAAUAAUAAUCCGGGCCAGAGUUAUCAAAUAUGAUCCAGGAAGUAAGCAUCUAUUUAUUCACCUCUUCUGGAUGCUUCCAUUCACAGAUUAUUACAAUUUGUGACUUUUCUUUUUUCUGGACUAGUGCUAUAAACUACAGCAUUUCUUGAAAAACUCACAGUAGCAGCAACCUUCACAUUUACACUUCAGAAAAUGUCCUAAUAUGAAAAUGGUACAUAAGGCAGGAUAAAACUGCCUUCCCACCAUUCCUAGGAAUUUAGUCUUACACACCAUAUUCAACAUAUUGUGAAUGUAAAAUAUUUGCCAAUAGUGUUGGUAACACGAUGUCGUACUGCCAGGCUGAAUCUGUGCCUUUUCUCUUUCUUUUCCAUUUUGUCCCUGAAGUUUAGUAUAUUGCUCCUUAAAUCAUUUGUAAAAAUGGAUUAAAAAUAUUUUUUCUUA